AUGUUGACGGCGUGGCGGCAACGGCCAUGGACGUGCCGCAAAUGCCUGCAGCAACUGCAGUCCCGUCGAUCCUUAGCAACUGCAGCAUCGCCAGUGUCCAAUUCGACGGCAUUUGAAUAUAAUCCGGCCAGCCAUGUGGGACAGAAGAAGAGUGUGGAUGAUAAUACCCUACGAAAGGUCUUUGACUCGCAGCCGUUCUGGAAGGAGUUCUCGCAUCGCAGUGCCGCUUCGCCCAAGCGGAUAGGAUUGGUCCAGAACCAGUACCUGACGAGCCCAGAUGGAUUCCGUGAAUUUGCCAGCAGCACGCUGCAGAAAUGCCAGGCGAUAGUGUCCAAGGUGCUGGCAGCAUCUACACUGGAGGAAUACAGAAACAUGGCUCGGGACCUGGACCGACUCAGUGAUCUGCUUUGUCGAGUAAUCGAUCUGUCUGACUUCAUCAGAGUCAUCCAUCCGGACCCCAGGAUUCAGGAGGCGGCUACCCAGGCCUAUGCGCUCAUGUUUGAAUACAUGAACGUUUUGAAUACGACCACCGGUCUCAACGAUCAACUCAAGACGGCUGCUGCGAACCCCGAGAUUACGUCGCACUGGAGUGAGGAGGAGAAGAUUGUGGCACAAAUUUUGAUUAAGGACUUUUCUAAUUCGGCCAUUCACAUGCCACCAUCCGAGCGACAGCGCUUUGUGAACUUGUCGAACGAGAUCAGCCAGCUGGGAAUGAACUUUGUCAACAGCGCUGAGCCGGCCAAAUCGCAGGUGGUCGUGGGCGCCAAUAGUUUGCGGGGCCUCGACCCGAUUGUCGUGCAGCAGAUCAAACGGUGGAAUCGAACGGCACCGGUGCCAACAAUGGGAAUGAUUCCGCGACUAGCAUUGCGGUCUGUCCACGAUGAGGGGGUCCGCAAGGAGAUUUAUCUUGCUACACGCACCUCGAGUACACGCCAGAUCCACCGCCUGGAGCAGCUGUUGGCGAAGAGGGCGGAACUAGCCAAGUUGUCUGGCCAUGAGACCUUUGGCCACAUGACACUGAGUGACAAAAUGGCCAAGUCCCCAGAGGCAGUCUCCAACUUCCUGACCUCGCUUGUCGGAAGCAACCGCGAGUUCGUCCAUGAGGAGCUGUCCAAGUUGCAGCAGCUGAAGGGUUCCUCCGUGCAGCCAUGGGAUCACGCAUACUAUGUUCACCGACGAGUGAUGGAAUAUUCACAGUCGCGCCGCUCGCGAGAGCUCAGCGCGGUCCCAGAGUUCUUCUCUUUGGGUACCGUGAUGCAGGGCCUGUCACGAUUGUUUGACAGACUAUACGGUGUGCGCCUGGUCCCACAGGAGACAGCUGUAGGAGAGACCUGGAACCCGGAUGUCCGACGGUUGGAUGUCGUCGAUGAGGCGGAAAGGCACAUCGCCGUCAUCUACUGUGAUCUGUUCUCUCGACCGAAUAAGCACCCUAACCCAGCACAUUUCACUCUACGAUGCUCCCGUGAGAUCUCUGCGGAAGAGGUUGCCGAGUGUGCGUCGAUGGACCAGUCUUCCCACCCGAACGACGGCAUGGCCACAGCAGUCGACCCGCAGUCUAAGACGCUCCGACAGCUCCCUACAAUCGCCUUGGUGUGUGACUUCCCGGAGCCGCCAGCAAGUGGCGCAGGACGCCCAUCGCUGCUGAGCGAACACAGUGUCCGUACGCUGUUCCAUGAAAUGGGUCACGCUCUGCACUCGAUCCUGGGUCAGACCCGUUUGCAGUCCAUCUCAGGAACUAGGUGCGCCACCGACUUCGCCGAAUUGCCUUCUGUACUUAUGGAGCGGUUUGCAACUACUCCAGAGGUACUGUCCCUAUACGCUCGACACUGGAAGACAGACCAACCCCUCUCUGAAAGCAUGAUGCGGAGUAUGGAAUUGGACCGAACAGCACACGGAUCUAUUUAUGGAGCAGUUGAGAACGAGGCCCAGAUUCUCAUGGCCCUGGUUGACCAGGCCUACCACUCGCUUCCCCCCCAAGUUUCGGAUAUCGACAGUACAGCAAUCUAUCACCAGGUAUUUUCGCAGCACUGCACCCUCCCCGACCCAGUAGACACCAAGCCUCCUACCUCGUGGCAGGGCUUCUUUGGACACUUGUACGGAUACGGGGCUACAUACUACAGUUACAUCUUCGACCGGGCGAUCGCCAACAAGAUCUGGGAAGAUGUGUUCCAGGCGGGCCAGGCGUCCGUCGACCGUGAAGCAGGAGAACGAUACAAGAACGAGGUUCUCCGCUGGGGAGGAGGACGUAAUGGGUGGGACUGUGUUGCGGGAGUGCUGGGAAGCAGCAACCCGUCCAACGCAGAUGGACGACUCGCCGAGGGAGGCGACGAAGCCAUGCGUGAGGUAGGACGUUGGGGAUUGGGACGCGAUGGCGUCUCUGGAUAA